AUGGCCAGAAGGACCACAGGAGGGCUAAGGACGCGGGAGGGCCGUCCGGCGACCCAAAAGUCUCGACGAGUGGGUGGACAUUCAGGGUCCGGGGGUGGUUCUAUUGCCGUCCUCUGGGCGUGCUCGGCUCUCAGCCCGGCCGGUGGAGGCAUCCUGGGCGAUCCCGCCCUUAACACACUCAGGCACCAUCUAGUGCACCAUGUGGAGCCAACUGUAAACCCUGCGUCCGUUAUCCGGACAUCGAAGCGAUACCUCGCCUUUGCUCCUUCUGCCGCUCCUGCCUCUUCCGCUCGUAUCUGGCCAAACCAAGCCCGUUGGCCCGUCGCGCUGCUGGCUAGUCGCGAGAUCGAGGACCCACCCGUUUUUUCAACCCCUCAAACAGACAUCAUGCCCGCCGUCCAGGAGGAGCUGAAGCACCACGACGUGGUCACGGACGUCCACGCCGUCAACGACGAGAAGAAGGAGUACGACGAUGAGGCCGACGUUCGCCAAAUCAUCGGUCACCCCGACCAGGACCCCGACACGAUUCCCACCGCCGAGGAGCUUCGCACCCUUCGCAAGGUGCCCGCCGCCAUGCCCCUCGUCGGUCUCGCGAUGUGUCUGAUCGAGUUCUCUGAGCGUGCCUCGUACUACGGCUCGCAGGGACCCUUCAACAACUUCCUGCUCCUUGAGCACGCCGCUGACAUUCAGGCUCACCCCCUUCCUCCUGGAGGCAACGGCGCCGGUGCCGUCGCCAAGGGCCCCAUGGGCGAGCAGCAGAGCGCCGGUGCUCUUAACCAGGGCUCCGUCACGACCUCUGCUGUCACGAAGAUGUUCACUUUCCUUGCCUACCUCACCCCUAUCUACGGUGGUAUCGUUGCCGACAACAAGCUCGGUCGUUUCAAGACGAUCUGCAUUGGAACCUUUGUUGGUGCCAUUGCUCACGUCAUCCUCAUUUUCCCCGCCCUCCCCUCGGUUAUUCAGAAGGACCCCAAGGGUUCGCUCGCUGGUUUCAUCAUCUCUAUCAUCGUCCUCGCCUUCGCUGCCGGUUUUAUUAAGCCCUCGCUUGGUCCCCUGCUGUGUGACCAGUCGCCCGUGAAGGCCCCGACGAUCAAGACGACCAAGAAGGGCGAGCGUGUCGUCAUCGACCCUCAGUUCACCGUUUCGAGCUACCUCAACACGUUCUACCUGUGUAUCAACAUCGGUGCCCUCUUCCAGCUUGCUACCCAGUACGCCGCCCACGACAUUGGCUUCUGGCUCGCCUUCCUUCUCCCCGGUAUCCUCUACAUGCUUAUGCCCAUCGUCCUUGUUUGGGCUAACAAGCGCCUCGUCAAGCUCCCUCCUUCCGGUUCGGUCAUCCCCGACACUUUCCGUGUCAUCGGCAUGUGCAUCAAGAAGGGCGGCGCCUUCGGCUGGCUCAAGGGCGGUGACAAGUUCUGGGCCAGCGCUCGCCCCUCGCACCUCCGCGAGACCGAGGGCUACGUUGACGAGUCGAAGGUUCACUGGGAUGACCGCUUCGUUGAGGAGGUCCGUCAGACCAUCUCGGCCUGUGGUGUUUUCAUGCUCAUUCCCAUCUUCGUCAUCUCCGACGCGGGCUCUGGAGGUCUCGGUAACAUGUUCAACGACAUGUCCGUCGGUAUGACCAAGAACGGAGUUCCCAACGAUCUCCUUACCAACUUUAACUCCAUCGCCAUCAUCGUCGCCUCGCCCAUCAUCAACUAUUUCAUCUAUCCUUUCUUCGUCAAGAUCGGCUACCCCAUCAAACCCAUGAUGCGCAUGGCCAUCGGCUUCGUGCUCGGCGCCGUUGGAUGCGCUGUCGGGGCUUAUGACAAGAUUUACAAGACUUCGCCAUGUGGCAAGUACGCCUCCACCUGUAUGGUUGACGGCAACGCCGGCGUUUCUCCCGUCUCUCUCUGGCUCCAGAUCCCUGUCGUGGCCCUCCCUGCUAUCGGCGAGAUCUUUGUGAACGUCACCUCGUACGAGCUGGCUUACACUCGUGCUCCUCCGUCGAUGCGUGGACUGGUCUACUCGCUCGCCCUGUUCAACUCAUGUGUGGCGGCUGCGAUUUCCAUGGCUGUUUCAUCUGCCCUGACCGACCCUAACCUCGCCAUUGUCUGGAUGGUUAUCGCUGCGGUCACUUUUGCCUGCGCCUUCGUCUUCCCCACCUACUUCCGCCACCUCGACGACUUCCAAUUCGAGUGGAAGGAGGACGAGCGUGCCCAGGUUGCGGACGUCAAGAAGCACGACCUGGAGGCUUCGCCACGCGCGUCCCUGUCCGCCCCUGCCGCGGCUCCUGCCGACCACGAGAAGUUCUAA